CUGUUGCCAUCAUGUCGGCAGCAAUUGCAGCUCUGGCUGCUUCCUACGGUUCAGGCUCGGGGUCCGAGUCAGGCUCGGACAGUGAAGGCGAACGGUGUCCGCUGCCAGCCGCCGACUCUUUGAUGCACUUGACGAAGUCGCCUUCGGCCAAGCCCUCCCUCGCAGUGGCGGUGGAUUCGGCCCCGGAGGUGGCAGUUAAGGAAGAUCUGGAGACUGGGGUUCAUCUUGACCCUGCCGUCAAAGAAGUUCAGUAUAACCCGACCUAUGAGACAAUGUUUGCUCCUGAGUUUGGACCAGAAAAUCCCUUUAGGACACAGCAAAUGGCUGCCCCUAGAAAUAUGCUUUCUGGCUAUGCGGAGCCUGCUCAUAUCAAUGAUUUUAUGUUUGAACAACAAAGAAGAACUUUUGCCACAUAUGGUUAUGCAUUGGACCCUUCAUUGGAUAAUCAUCAAGUAACUACUAAAUAUAUUGGUUCUGUAGAAGAAGCUGAAAAAAAUCAAGGCUUAACUGUUUUUGAAACUGGUCAGAAGAAAACAGAAAAGAGAAAAAAGUUCAAAGAAAAUGAUGCUUCUAAUAUUGAUGGUUUCUUGGGACCUUGGGCAAAAUAUGUGGAUGAAAAAGAUGUAGCCAAACCUUCAGAAGAAGAACAAAAAGAAUUGGAUGAAAUCACAGCCAAGAGGCAGAAAAAAGGCAAACAAGAGGAAGAGAAACCUGGAGAGGAAAAGACAAUCUUACAUGUUAAAGAAAUGUAUGACUAUCAGGGCAGGUCCUAUCUUCACAUACCUCAGGAUGUUGGUGUUAAUCUGCGAUCAACAAUACCACCUGAGAAGUGUUACCUUCCCAAGAAACAAAUUCAUGUGUGGUCUGGACACACAAAGGGCGUCAGUGCAGUCAGAUUAUUUCCUCUCUCUGGCCACUUACUGUUAUCAUGUUCCAUGGACUGUAAAAUCAAGCUGUGGGAAGUUUAUGGAGACAGACGGUGUCUGCGAACAUUUAUUGGUCACAGUAAAGCUGUCAGAGACAUCUGUUUUAACACAGCAGGGACUCAGUUCCUCAGCGCAGCUUAUGACAGAUACCUUAAACUCUGGGACACUGAGACAGGACAAUGUGUAUCAAGAUUUACAAAUCGGAAAGUACCAUACUGUGUCAAAUUUAAUCCUGAUGAAGAUAAGCAGAAUCUCUUUGUGGCUGGGAUGUCUGAUAAAAAGAUUGUGCAAUGGGACAUUAGAAGUGGAGAAAUUGUACAGGAAUACGAUCGGCAUUUGGGAGCUGUCAACACUAUUGUUUUUGUUGAUGAGAAUAGGAGAUUUGUGAGCACGUCCGAUGAUAAGAGCUUAAGAGUUUGGGAAUGGGACAUCCCUGUGGAUUUUAAAUAUAUAGCAGAACCCAGUAUGCACUCUAUGCCUGCAGUGACUUUAUCUCCAAAUGGGAAAUGGCUGGCAUGCCAAUCAAUGGACAAUCAAAUAUUAAUUUUUGGAGCACAGAACAGAUUUAGAUUGAAUAAGAAAAAAAUUUUUAAGGGCCACAUGGUUGCAGGUUAUGCUUGUCAAGUGGACUUUUCCCCAGACAUGAGCUAUGUAAUUUCAGGAGAUGGAAAUGGAAAAUUAAACAUCUGGGACUGGAAGACCACGAAACUCUACAGCCGGUUUAAAGCUCAUGAUAAAGUGUGUAUAGGUGCUGUGUGGCAUCCUCAUGAAACAUCUAAAGUCAUAACAUGUGGUUGGGAUGGUCUCAUUAAAUUGUGGGAUUAACGAGGUAAAUACAAUAUCUAGGAUCAUUUUUGAUCCAACAAAAUAUUUAUAUUUAAUUUGUAAAUGUGUUGGAUGACAACCUGAUUUACAGAUUAUGAUUUCCUUACAUGGCCUUAUGAAGUUGAACUGUUAUUUUAAGAAACAGAAAAACUUUUUAAAUUUGGUUCAUAAUUUCUUUGGCCACUUCGUUUCUUUAU